GCGAAAAUGGCGUCGUCUCUAGUAACUCUACGUUUGGGCGGUUUAGAAAUUGAUGAAUGAAUUCGUAAUUGCGCUCUUUUUUGCUGUUAGUGUAUCAUAAUAUUUGACCGAUAUGAACGAGAUGAAGCAGGAGAUGUCAGUGGCUAGCACAUCAACAUGGGAUGCGGGACCACACGAGACAAUGCCCACGAUGCCAAUCCUGGUCCCCACACCUAUAAAGAUGGUUCCUCCCCAUCACCACCCACCCGUCCCACUCGACCAUCACGUAAUGCCGGUUCCACUCAUGCCGCAAACUCCCCAUGGGAUGCCUGUACCCGGGCCCUUCAUGGAAGACUUGCCACCUGAGCUUGUGCAGCAGGGGUGGAAGAAGUUGUGGAGCAAACGAGAGAAUCGUCCGUACUUCUGGAACAAACUUACAGGGGUCUCUCUAUGGGAGAUGCCUAACAACAAGCCACAGUUUGAUCCGAUCACGGACCCUUUGGGCAUAAGUGGACCAGGAGCGAUGAUCAAUGGACCACCCAUGCCUGUCAAACGAAGGGCCUCUGAGGAAGUGGUGGGCAGUCCUGUAGCUAAGAAGUUUAUUCUUGCGGGACCUUGGGACUUGGAGAUAUCUACGAAUGUCAUUAUCUACGAGAGGCCCCCAAUAGUCAUCCCUCAUCCCCAUCCUGAGGUAGAAGCUUUCCGCUGUUCUUUACUGACCAAACUACGCAACUGCUAUCAGGAGCUCUGUCACUCAAGGGAAUCCAUAGAUGCACCAAAGGACUCGUUCAACAGAUGGUUGAUGGAACGCAAGGUUGUUGACACAGGUACAGACCCACUGUUGCCAAGCCAGUGUUAUCCUGAAAUAUCUCAGUGCAUGUACAAGGAGAUAAUGAACGACAUUCCCAUCAAGCUGGUGCGACCAAAGUUCACCGGAGACGCUAGAAAGCAACUUUCAAGAUACGCUGAAGCCGCAAAGAAAAUGAUCGAGUCCAGGAACGCCUCACCAGAAAGUCGCAAAAUUGUUAAAUGGAACGCGGAAGAUACGUUUCAAUGGCUUAGGCGGACAGUGGGAGCAACAUACGACGACUUUCAAGAGAGGCUCGGCCAUCUCAAGAGACAGUGUCAGCCACACUUGACAGAAACGGUGAAAGAUUCAGUGGAAGGAAUCUGUCUGAAAAUUUACCUCCUGUCUUGUGAAUACGCCAAGAAGGUUCGGGAAAAACAUUAUGAACUGUUAAAGGAUAAUGGUAUACCAGAACCAACACCACCCCAGCACAUGGCCAAUGUUCGCAAGGUCUGGUGCUACCCUGUACAGUUCUCCACACCCUGUCCUAGACUACCGACCAUCGACUACCUGCCUGAGAGAGACCAGCCGCUAUUGAGGUUCCAGGGUGACACAGUCAGCAUCAACACCACCCACUUGCACAAACUGGAACAGCUGUACAGGUUCAGCUGUUUUGAUGACAAGAAGUUUGAGCUGUUUCUGCCGCGGGUAUGGUGUCUGCUCAAGAGAUACAGCACGUUUGUUGGCCAUAGUGAGGCGACGCAGGCAGCUCUACCGGUCACUGUGCUGGAGAGUCUAAACCGCAUGUUUGGAGUGACAUUUGAGUGCUUCGCCUCCCCGCUCAACUGCUACUUCCGCCAGUACUGCUCUGCGUUUGCAGACACAGACUCUUAUUUUGGCUCCAGAGGUCCACUGUUGGAGUUGAAGGCAGUCAGCGGAUCUUUCAUAGCCAACCCUCCUUAUAGUGAAGAACUCAUGGAGGCCAUGGUCAGCCAUUUUGAGAGGCUGCUAUCCGACUCAAAUGAGCCGCUGUCGUUUGUUGUAACACUGGCUGAGUACAGAGACCCUCCACCAGGGGCACUGCUGAGGCUCGAGGCUAGUCACUUCAAGAGGAAGCAGGUUGUGGUGCCUGCGUUUGAACACGAGUACCGCCACGGCUUCCAACAUCUGGUCACCAAAGCUGAACUGAACGUCAGAUCGUCUCAUGGUACACUGGUAGUGUGGCUGCAGAAUAACGCAGGGUUCCAGCGGUGGGGGCCUACUGAGGAGAGGGUGGAGGCACUGCUAGACGCAUUCAGACCGGGGAAGGAGAGAGAGAGGGAUAGACAAGAGUUACUCUCCCCACAGAGGACAGAUCCUCCACCACCAGCACCCACUGACAAGUUGCCUCCACCUAAACCUGCUGAUAAAAUUAGCCCCGGACCAGGAUUUGAGGUUCUGCCUCCUCGAAGAGGAAUGCCCACUCCUCCUCUAAAUGUUAAGAACUGAACCAACUCAGCUGCAAGCUACUUGCCAUGAGACACACAGUCACUGAGAGGGUUGUCUAAUGUCUAGGCUAGCAUAGGUUUGGUUAUGCAUUUAAAUCAAAGUAGGGUUUUAAAACCAUCCUGUAGCUGGAGAUUGAGUCAGAGGCUGAGUGAUUUACCUUACAUUCUUUUCCCAUUAAGUUGUCAUGAUAUGAAGCUUAAUAUGAUAAAACUACCCAGAGUUUAUAGCAAGCACUCAAGCCCAGAACUGUUUUACACAAUCAUUAAAUCUGGUAAAGCCCAUGGAGGGUUGCAACAUUACCAUUUAGAUCAAAUCCAUUGGUGAUAAAAGCGAUUUUAACCCAGGACCUUGGCGGCCGAAGCUCCACCACUUAACUAGCUCGUUCCCUGGGUUUAUUGCUAUAUUUUAAUGUUGUUUGGCCUUAAUAAACAACAUGUUUAUGUUUUACGUAAGUUUGAAGCAUUGACAAAAAAUGUCUGCACUGACUGCAUAAGUCAUCAAGUGAGUCUUGUAAACCUCAAUGUAUACAUUAAGAUCAUAUUCAAUCCCUUAAUUUGUACUGUAAAUACUCAAGAGCAAUCUCUUUUAAUUUUGUCACUUUCUAUUUACUACUUCAAUGGUUUUCAAGGUCUGAAUGGUUAAGAAUAGUUUAGUUUGAACCUAAUUUGAAGACCUUGAAAAAGUGCAAGAAUAAUUUCUUUGGAUAUAGGCUUACAGAGGUGGUAAAAUAAAGGGGAUAUGGUUUUGCAGUGUAUGUUUGAUGAAAAUACAUUGACCAAGUUUCAUAGGCUCACAAAAGUUGUGAUCUCAUUUUAGCGAAUUUCCCAUAUUAGGAAAUUCAAGGAAUAAUUAAUUAAAGGAAUAAGGAAAUUAAAGGAAUAAGCUAUUACCCAUAGGUCUCAUGGUAAGACCUGGACCUGGGACCGAUUUACUUUUCUGUUUUGAGGUCCCCAAAGGCCAAAAACACCAUUCACUCAAAUUCAUCUAUAUUUUAGCGAAUUUCCCUAUAGGGGAAGUAGCUAUUACCGUAGGUGGCGUGGUAAGACCUAGGCCCGGGACUAACCUACUUUUCCAUUUUGAUGUCCCCAGAGGCCAAAAACCCCAUUGGUUCAAAUUUUUACAUAUGUAUGUAGAGAUUUAUAUAUAUAUGUGUCCGUAAACACGAUAACUUGAGUAAUUUUUGUCCGAUUUUGAUGAAAUUUGGUUUGAAGGUCUAAGGCGGGAUAAACUUGAAUGAGUUCGCGAACCAGCAUGAUCGUACCAUGGGAACGACAACAACUAAACAGUUUACAACAAGUAAACUGCUGUAGUUUGCUUGUUUAUGAAGAGAUUUGAAUCAAAUUUGGAAAAUGCAUUUAUUUCUUUCUAAACUAUUAACAUAAAAACAACAAAUUUUUCCCCGGGACGAAAAUGAUAUAAUUUAUCAAGAAAAAUGGCAAAAUGUUAACUUAAAUACUCUGUCUAUCUCGCCCGGUCACUACAGAACACUUCGACAAAGUACAACCAACUGUCGUUACACGACAGUGUUAGCAGUUUCAGCUUUUCCCAAUGGGUGAAAGCACGUACUGGGUCAUCACUUUUUGUGUCUACAAUAAACUGCAUUAAUGUCGUCACACGACGGUGCUUGUAGUUUUGACUUUCCCCGAUAAAUGACAGCAUCAGCACGUAAUGGGUAAAAAAUUUUUUAUUAUUUUUCCGUUUCGGAUUAAGUCAAUCAUAUUGUUGAGUGAGGAUGUAUUAUAUUAUGUUAUUAAUAUUUAUGCUAGGGUCUAUUCUUAAAAGUUAAUUUUUGUUAUACAUUUUAAUUUACAUGUUGAUAUUUUUAACAUUGGUCUUAUAGGUUGCCAUGCUAGUUACAAAAAGGAAAAAAUGUAAGCAAAUGAUUCAUAAAAUAUCCUAUAAGCCAGCUUGUAUUCUAGCUAAUUACAAAAUACAGUACAAAAGAAAGGAUAUUUGGAUGAUAACUAUUGGACAAGUAACACACAUGAAGUGUAUUUCUGAGGAUUAGUAUAAUAAUAUGACUGUUUAGAUAUGUAGAAUAUUUUAUAGCAAUACAUCAUACACUAAUUAAUAUUGAAAUAAGAAUAUUCUGAUUACGUGCCAUUUUGUUCUCACUGGGGCGCAGAGCUCCAUGAUCCAAUUGCUGCAAUUUUCUGAGAUCUUUGUGAUUAAUGUGUUGCAAAAAUACCAGUAAGUAAAUGGUUUUAAAGACCAUUAGUUUGUUGUUGAGCUUUGUUCAGGAAAAUAUUAGUAUAUACCUUUCUAAGAUCACAUUGUAAAUCAAUAGUUUUAUGAUUCAUUUUUGUUUAAGGGAUUGAAUAUUAAAUACUUAGGUGAUACUCAACCUUGCAGAAUUAUUUUUAAAAUCAAAUAAAACACAACAAUCUACUUGAGCUCUUCAAUCCUUGAAUUUGGUCAAAUAAAACUGUAAAUAUAAUAGUUCUUGUAUGUUAGGGUUUUUGCUGUUAAAUUAUAAUUUGCCUACCUACCAUAUUUGUUGUAUGCAAGUUGUUUAGUUAUAACAAAAUACACCCAAUAUGUUUAAUUAUUACUAGUGAUGGUCGGAUCGGGAUAUCGGACUACCAGAUCCGCCGGAUCUGAGGUAGAACCAUUGCCCGAUCGGAUCCACAAAAAAUCGGAUCUUGGGCUAGAUCCGGUUUUAUUGGAUCCAAGUUUUUUUUUUGAAUAAAUUUUUUUUAACUUUUAUAAAAAAAAACUUAAUUUUAAAAGUAAAAAAAAAAUCUUAUUAAUUUUUUUUUUAUUCUAUUAACACAAAACGUCCUUUAUAAAGUACAAUUCAUACAUAAGAACAGGUGUUUUGUCACAGUGAUGUAUUUUAUAAUAAAAUUAAUAGUGACUAUCUGUGUCCAUAUAUAAGACAAUCUGUGUCCAUGUACAAGAUUAUCAGAGUCCAUGUACAAGACUAUCUGUAUCCAUGUACAAGACUAACUGUGUCCAUUAAGACAAUCUGUGACCAGAUACAAGACUAACUGCAUCCAUAUAUAAGACAAUCUGUGUCCAUAUACAAGACUAUUAGAGUACAUGUACAAAACCAUUUGUAUCCAUGUACAAGACUAACUGUGUCCAUAUACAAGACAGUCUGUAUCCAAAGAUAGUCCUGUACCUCGAUGACACACAGACAGUCUUGUAUAUGGACACAGACAGUCUUUUAUAUGGACACAGUCAGUCUUUGACAUUACCUUACCCAUAUGAGUUGUUGACGUUGACAUAUACUAUCACAUUACCUAGCCAUAUGAGUUAUUUAAAAAACCCGUCCUUUAAAAAAAAGAAGAAAAAACGUAUAUGGAUCUGGUACCGACAUUUUCUUGGAUCCGCCCAUCACUAAUUAUUACUGCAUAUUUAUUUCAUGUGUUAAAUUUAAGAUAAAGACAAUAUCUUACCUACUUGUAUAAUUUUGUGAGUUUUGCUUUUAAAAUCUUUAAAAACGCUUAUGAUGCAUAAAAUAGGUAUAAUCUGCAAGGAAAGGUGUAGAAUUGCUGCAUGUUUUUUUUUUUUUUUUUUUUACUUGUUUUCGGCUUUAAUGUGGUGGAUUAAGGAUAUAAGUUAUUCUUAAAUAAAUUUUAAAAUAGUUGUAAUUUGUUAACAUCAUUUAAGAUGAUCUCAUUUAAAGUUCUCUAUUGACUCAAAAGUAUUCUUGUAAAUAUUAUAAAAACUAUAUAUAUAUGUUAUUGUAUAAAAGAGUGUUAUUGUAAAUAAAGUGUUAUUGGUUAAGAUGUACAAAAGUAACUGGUUCACCACCAGUUUUGUCUGUAUUGUGCAAUAUUUGUCACAGGAAAUAUAAAAUUUUAUCACAGAUAUUAAUUAAAGUUAUAUUA